UGGACGUGUGGAUCUGAGCGCCACACACACAUGGACACACAUAUGGAGUACUCCUGCUUCCUGCUGAUGUGGAUCUGCAGCCAGCUCAUAGGAGUCACUGAGUGUGUCAACGUGGACACCAAUAAGUUCAGAAUCAUCAAGGGUCCAAAACAAGCCCAGUUUGGAUACACGGUCCAGCAACACGUGGCUGCCGGAGGAGAGAAGUGGUUAUUGGUCGGAGCCCCGUAUGAAAUGAACGGUCCUUACCAGACGGGAGAGAUUUACAAAUGUUCUCUGAAACGGACCAACGGCAACAGUUGUUCCAAGCUCAACCUCGGAAGGAUCUCGUUAACCAACGUGUCUGAGAGAAAGGACAGGAUCAGGCUGGGAAUGACACUCGUGUCCAACCCUAAAGACAACAGCUUUGUGGCAUGCGGCCCACUGUGGUCCUACGAGUGCGGCAACUCGUACUACAGCACGGGCAUAUGCUCCAGAGUCAACGCCAGCUUCAAGUUCUCCAGAACCAUCGCACCUGCCUUCCAGAGAUGUGAGACUUACAUGGACAUCGUGAUUGUUCUAGAUGGUUCUAACUCCAUCUACCCUUGGUAUGAAGUUCAGGCUUUUCUUAUCAACAUCCUUCAGAAGUUCCAUAUUGGACCCGGUCAAAUCCAGGUUGGAAUUGUUCAGUACGGUGAGAAGGUCAUCCACGAGUUCAAACUCUCUGACUUUAAAUCUGUCGAGGAAGUUGUGAAGAGAGCACGAAGCAUUAGCCAGCGGGGCGGCGAGGAGACCAACACCGCUCUUGGCAUCAAUGUGGCUCGCUCAGAAGCUUUCAAACAAGGAGGUCGGCGAGGUGCCAAGAAGGUGAUGAUCGUGAUAACAGAUGGAGAGUCUCACGACAGCGCCGAUCUCAAGGACGUCAUCGAGGCGAGCGAGAAGGACGGCAUCAUCCGUUACGCCAUCGCUGUCCUUGGCUACUACAACCGCAGAGGCAUCAACCCUGAAGCCUUUCUCAAUGAAAUCAAAUACAUUGCCAGCGACCCGGAUGACAAACACUUCUUCAACGUAACUGAUGAGUCGGCACUCAAAGACAUCGUGGACGCACUUGGAGAUCGCAUCUUCAGUUUGGAAGGAACCAGUAAGAACGGCACAGCGUUCGGUCUGCAGAUGUCCCAGGCAGGAUUCUCCUCACACAACGUGGAGGAUGGGAUUCUGGUGGGUGCUGUCGGGGCGUAUGACUGGAACGGCGCUGUGUUGAAAGAAACUCGCCAGGGGAAGGUUGUUCCUCCAAAGUCUUCCUAUGCACAAGAGUUCCCCGAAGAGCUCAAAAAACAUGGCGCCUACUUGGGUUAUUCAGUGACGUCGGUGGUCUCGGCCAGAAAUGGGCGUCUGCUCGUAGCGGGAGCGCCACGAUUCAACCACACUGGAAAAGUCAUCAUCUUCACUCUGAAGAAUUCAGGCAACCUCACCAUCCUGCACUCGCUCAAAGGCCAUCAGGUAGCAGCCAGAGCCUCAUACAUGGUGUUAGCAUUGGUGUCCACUAAGCAAAUGGUCCUAAUAGAACUGACUGUUCCCUGGGAGGACCGCAUUGACGAGGCCAACAAGCGAAAGAAGGCUAAAUAUGCUGAGCUCAUCUCUGAUUGCCGGAACAAUGGCUGGAAAGCCCGUUGUGAGCCUGUCGAGGUCGGGUGCUGCGGCUUCGCUGGCCAUUCACUUGUGCGAACCCUCAAACUCCUUGGAGUAAAGGGACUGCAAUUCAAGAGAGCCAUCAAGAAUACACUGGAGGCUGCAGAGAGGGAGACCACAGACUAUGCCAGACCCAUUAUAUUUGCUGUACAAGUGGGACUGCAAGAUCCAGAUCACAGCCCGGUUCUAGAUGAAAGCUGGCCUACCAUGUUCCAGACUGUGUUGCCGUUCUGGAACGGCGUGGACGAGGACGACCGUUGCACUCCGGACCUGUCGCUGCAGAGAGAUAAGGGCUGUAUCAUGUCUGUAUCAUGUCGACAUCAUGUCUAUAUCAUGUCGACAUCAUGUCUGCAUCACGCCAACAUCACAUCUGCAUCAUACCAACAUCAUCUGCAUCACGUCUACGUCACAUCUGCAUCACGUCUACGUCACAUCUACAUCAUGUCUACAUCAUGUCUGCAUCAUGUCGACAUCAUGUCUGCAUCAUGUCAGCAUUGUGUCUGCAUCAUGUCGACAUCAUGUCUGCAUCACGUCUACAUCACGUCUACAUCACGCCUGCAUCAUGUGUGCAUCACGCCUACAUCACAUCUACAUCAUGUCUGCAUCAUGUCGACAUCAUGUCUGCAUCACGCCAACAUCACGUCUGCAUCACUCCUACAUCACGUCUACAUCACAUCUGCAUCACUCCAACAACACGUCUGCAUCACGUCAACAUCAUGUCUGCAUCAUGUCGGCAUCACGUCUACAUCACGUCUACAUCGUGUUGACCUCAUGUCUGCAUCAUGUCAACAUCAUGUCUGCAUCAUACAUCAUGUCUGCAUCACGCCAACAUCACAUCUGCAUCACGUCUACAUCACAUCUGCAUCACGUCUACGUCACGUCUACAUCACAUCUACAUCAUGUCUGCAUCAUGUCUACAUCAUGUCUGCAUCAUGUCUACAUCAUGUCGACAUCAUGUCUAUAUCAUGUCGACAUCAUGUCUGCAUCACGCCAACAUCACAUCUGCAUCACGUCUACGUCACAUCUGCAUCAUGUCUACGUCACAUCUACAUCAUGUCUACAUCAUGUCUGCAUCAUGUCAGCAUUGUGUCUGCAUCAUGUGGACAUCAUGUCUGCAUCACGUCUACAUCACGUCUACAUCACGCCUGCAUCAUGUCUGCAUCACGCCUACAACACAUCUACAUCAUGUCUGCAUCAUGUCUGCAUCAUGUCGACAUCACAUCUGCAUCACGCCAACAACACAUCAUGUCUGUAUCAUGUCGACAUCAUGUCUGCAUCACGUCUACAUCAUGUCUACAUCAUGUCUGCAUCAUGUCUACAUCACGUCUACAUCACGUCUGCAUCAUGUCGACAUCAUGUCAACAUCAUGUCUGCAUCAUGUCAACAUUGUGUCUGCAUCAUGUCAACAUCAUGUCUGCAUCACGCCUACAUCACAUCUACAUCAUAUCUGCAUCACGUCAACAUCACGUCUGCAUCAUAUCGGCAUCACGUCUACAUCACGUCUACAUCAUGUUGACCUCAUGUCUGCAUCAUGUCAACAUCAUGUCUGCAUCACAUCUGCAUCACAUCUACAUCAUGUUGACCUCAUGUCUGCAUCAUGUCAACAUCAUGUCAUCAUCAUGUCUGCAUCACGUCUACAUCAUGUCUGCAUCACGUGUAGAUCACGUCUGUAUCAUGUCGACAUCAUGUCUGCAUCACGUCUACAUCAUGUCUACAUCACGUCUGCAUCACGUCUACAUCACAUCUGCAUCAUGUCUGCAUCAUGUCUACAUCACAUCUGCAUCACGUCUACAUCAUGUCUGCAUCAUGUCUGCAUCAUGUCGACAUCAUGUCUGCAUCAUGUCAACAUCAUGUCUGCAUCAUGUCAACAUCACAUCUACAUCACAUCUACAUCACAUCUACAUCAAGUCUACAUCACGUCUGCAUCACGUCUACAUCAUGUUGACCUCAUGUCUGCAUCAUGUCAACAUCAUGUCUGCAUCACGUCUACAUUAUGUCUGCAUCAUGUCUAGAUCAUGUCUGUAUCAUGUCGACAUCAUGUCUGCAUCACGUCUGCAUCACGUCUACAUCACGUCUGCAUCACGUCUACAUCAUAUCAUGUCUGUAUCAUGUCGACAUCAUGUCUGCAUCACGUCUGCAUCACGUCUACAUCACGUCUGCAUCACGUCUACAUCAUGUCUGCAUCACGUCUACAUCACGUCUGCAUCACGUCUGCAUCAUGUCUGCAUCAUGUUUACAUCACAUCUGCAUCACAUCGACAUCAUGUCGGCAUCACGUCUGCAUCACGCCAACAUCACAUCUUCAUCACGUCUACAUCACAUCUGCAUCACGUCUACAUCACAUCUGCAUCACGUCUGCAUCACGUCUACAUCACGUCUGCAUCAUGUCUGCAUCAUGUCUACAUCAUGUCUGCAUCACGUCUACAUCACGUCUGCAUCAUGUCUGCAUCACGUCGACAUCAUGUCUGCAUCAUGUCAACAUCAUGUCUGCAUCAUGUCAACAUCACGUCUACAUCACAUCUACAUCACGUCUACAUCACGUAUGCAUCACGUCUACAUCAUGUUGACCUCAUGUCUGCAUCAUGUCAACAUCAGUCAGUUCUGUGCACAGCCGGUUCAGUCUGGGGGCAAUUUCUGUCGGCAUGUGGGUGACGGCGGUCUGGAGGGGUCGCUCCGUGUCGUGGAGGGAAACCGGAGGAGGAUGCUGGUCGACACCCGCCUGGAGAACAAAGGGGAAAAUGCCUACAACACCCAGCUCAACAUCACCUACACGCCCAAUCUACACUUCUCCAGCCUCGUCGUGAAGGACAACUCUGACAUCAAGAUCGAAUGCUACAGUGAGGAGAAAAGGAGGAACGAGAAGAUCUGUAACGUCAGCUCUCCUUUCAUGAGGACCAGAUCUCAGGUGUCAUUUCGUCUGGAGUUUGAGUUCAGUCGUUCUGUUUUCCUGGAGCACCUGAGGGUCGUCCUGGAGGCCAGCAGCGAUGGAGAAGAAAUGAGCACAGCUGAUAACUUCAAUGAUAUCUACUACUCUCUGAAAUACGAGGCAGACCUUCUCUUCACCAGGGAUUCAAACCCGACUCAAUAUGACAUCAAGUCGGACUUGUCGCUGGAGGAACCCGGAGUCAUCGGGCCUCCGUUCAACUUCACUUUCCAGAUCCAGAAUCUUGGUUACUUUCCAGUCAAGGAUUUGCAGCUGAACAUUGAGAUUCCAGAAAUGACCAGAAAUGGGAAUCAGCUCCUCCAGCUGUCUGACUUCUACAUCCACCAGAGAGACGGGACACACUGUUUACCUCCUCAACAUGUGGCACAGAGCAGAGCAUCUCCUGAGGAUCUCUCACGCUUCUCUCGCCUGAAUCGAUCCAACACGAUAACUCUGCCGGUCCAGUGUACUGUCAACGUGGCCUCGUAUCGCGACAUCAGCGUUCGAAUCUCAGGAGUGUUACGCCUCGACGCUCUGCACGCACUGAAGUUUAAUCUGGAGCUGGUGACCAGCGCCUCAGUGGAGCUCCCCUCAUCUUAGCCCAUGUUUUGCACGAGCAAGAGGCCUGUCAGACAUAUAACGCUGGAGAUCAGGAAGGAGGGUGACUACAGAGUCCCCACCUGGAUCAUCAUCGGCAGCUCACUGGGAGGACUCUUACUGUUGGCUCUGCUCAGUCUCGCUCUUUGGAAGUUCGGUUUCUUCCGGAGGCAGAAGCGGAGAGACGAGGACGAGCGGGAGGUGAAGGGAAAAGUGUCCGAAGAGCGGUAACGCAGGCUCAGGGCCCCCACGAGACGCUUUUCCCAAUGGGGACCAAAUACUCAGGGACCAACCCUCUUCCUUGUCCUGCUCCUCACAGGGUCUGUCCCAGGCCACGACCCCUGACCCCCACCACUCAGCACUGUCACACUCACUUAGCAUUCCUGCACUGUUACGACAUUAGGAUGUCUUUGUCUCUUUAAGACAUCUUUGUUUGUGGGACCUGCAGCAGUUCCUUCUCAGAUCUGGAGCUCUGAUGUUCUGACCAUUUGAAGGAACAGAAUGAACUUUGAUGGAUCGCUUCAGCAAAUUUCAUGUUGGAAUUUGCCAACGAGGCAAAUUGUCCAUGCAUUUUGUCUCCUCUGGACGUGUAUUUAUUUUGUGUUUCUACAGGAAAACCUCAAACAGGGUGACCUGCCGCCCAAACGCUUCCACACCUGUAAACUACAACAUCCUCUACGUUCUUCUAGAAGGCAGUUUGUCAACGAUUUUAUCUGCAACAUGUUCAAUAAGAAGAAAAGUCAAAGUCACCGAGUGCAACAAGACGCCAGAAUUUUCUAUAAACUGAACAUUUUUAAAGAAUAAAAAUAAUAUGCAUAUGUAUACUUUCUUUUUUCAAAAACAUUCGAUGCACUUUUACUUUGUCAUAAAUUAACUUGAAUUUUGUAAAUAGUCAAAUAUCUUUUUAUAGCCAAUCAAAAUAUCAUGUUGGUUUGUCAUUAUUUUCCAUCAGUUUUACAGCUUCGUCAGGAAAUCGGGGUCCAGCUGUGUGUUCCUGAACACGUGAUGACGCGUGUCAACGUGUUUCCAUCACAGCAACACGUGCACGAAGAAGAAGAAGCGUUUUCUUACAGCAGGUUGAUGAAUGUCAGUUUAAUGAAGAGUCAGAAAUAAAUUCUGUGUGUAUGAACGU